UGAUGGCACCAGGCCAAGCCGUGGUCAGUGUUGUUGAGCACGGCAGGCCUUCUGAGCUAAUUUCAGUGGCGAAAGUGGCACUUAUUUCGCUGUGCAAUCGCGGGGAUAUUUGCUUGACGACUACACGGUGUACACAGCAUGACGAACACCGCUGAGAACCAUCCCGAGCCGAACGAGGUCGAGGCACCUGAGGCAUCGCGAGACCCGUCUUCUUCACAGAGUCCAGAUGGGGCGUCUGCACCUAGCAACUCUGUCGCUCCAGCUGAAGGUGCAGUUAGACCAAGCACUGUGGCAGAUGCAGGAACCGCAGAUGCGUCGCGGGUCGAAGACAAAUCACAAGGCGAACAAGAAAAUAGCACAAGAUCGACUAAGGCCGACUUGAGCAAGAAAGAAAGUGAUGGGCAGGUACCCACAAACACAAGUGUCCAGCAGCCUCAGAACGUUGAUUCAUCAGAGGAGGGAGAGCCGAGCAAAGCAGCGGAAGCGGUGGGUCCAAAUACAACAGCUGCGGCGCGCGGCGGCCAACCUGCGCGCGGGAGAGGCGGGUACCUCAACCGUCAACGGUUCCGGACAGGAGGGAAUGAACGGCAAAAGCUGACGCCAGAAGAGCUCGAUGCGAAACUCGCGGCUGCGCGCGCCAAGAACGCCGCCAUCCUAACGCGCCAAGCCGAGAUCGAUGCAGACAAGGAGUCGUAUGCCACGCAAACCGCCGUGGAUCGCCAGGCGCGUGAAGAGGAGCGCCAGCGGCGUGAAGAGCGCGCGCGCAAGAUGGUCGAGACGAAGAAGAUGCAGCUGGCGCUCGAUGAGGAGCGCGAAAAGGCGCGCGCGCGGAAGCUGGAGAAGAUCGGCAAGCGGGAUUGGGACCAGGAGAAGGCCGAGGGAGGGGAGCAGCUGUGGAAGUCAAAUUACCGAGAAUACUCGUCCGGUACCCCAAGAGCCGGUGCCGGUGGCGGCUAUGGUCGCGACAGAGCGGGCGGUGCGCCUGCGCGAGAGCGAGAUGGCGCCCCGGGCCAACAGCAGCGGCAACCCAAGCCUGCCAAUUUGGAUAGCACCGCCGAUUUCCCGGCACUGGGCUGCUGAGGUGUAGCACUGUGUACUUUGAAGCCACUCAUACCUGGCACUUGGCACAUUGGCCCAUUC